CCAGUCAGUGACGUCCAGCCUGGGAGGCGGAGCUGAUUGUUGCAGCGUGUUCUCGUGGUGGCGGAGGUGUAGUUGCCGCUCCAGGUGUUAGGAUGGCGGUGUACCAUGACGAGGUGGAGAUCGAGGACUUCGAGUAUGACGAAGAUACGGAGAUGUAUUAUUACCCCUGUCCGUGCGGGGAUAGGUUCGCCAUCUCUAAGGAACAUCUGGAAAAUGGAGAAGAAGUUGCAACGUGUCCUAGCUGUUCAUUACUUGUCAGAGUCAUCUAUGAUAAGGAUGAAUUUAUGAAAGGGGAAGCUGUUCCUGAACCAGUUUCUGCCAAAACAGAACUGUUAAAGUGCUGAUCAUGAAUUUGUAAGCCAACCCCUCUGUGUGGACGCUUCUUUGCUGCUGCUGGACUGCUGUUUAAAGCCUCCCUUUUGGAUACAAGACAAGUUACAGUUGGCUGCUUGUUCCAGCUUGUUUUUAAAAUGUCACACCACAGCACUAAUUCGCAAGUUUUUCAUUGCUGCAUAUGUUGGCAAAUUGAAAAUGCCUUUCUCUGGGUCACAGUACUGCAGAACAACAUGUCUUCAUUACAUCGGGAUUGUCUUUGCUUCCUUCUAUAAAACUUGUGAUAAAUCCACAGCUGUUUCUUACCAAAUGCAUGACGCUAUUUACACUUUUUCUGAACCAACUGAGCAAAAGUAGAACCCUAGGAGAACUUUACACAUUUACUGUAAGCUGUAAAUAUUUUAAUAAAGUUUUUAUUUUAUUUAUAUUUAA